GAAAAAUUGGUUUCCCUCAAGUGUUUCUCCUUGAACGCAUUCCAAGAUUUGAUAGUGAAAUAAAUGACUGUUUUCUUAUGGAAGAGUUUCCAUCGAAUGCCUAACAGCAGAUUGCUCUGGCAAAGAACCAUGUCUCUGUAUAACCAUACCCAUGGUUUUGAAGAAAAAGAAAUAAAGAAAAAACUUCAGCAGUUUACUGGUGGAUCUAUCAACCUUUCAAAAAAGGAAGAUGGUAUUGGUAUACUUACCUUGAACAACCCAAAGCUUAUGAAUGCAUUCACAGGUACAAUGAUGAUAGAACUACAGGAAAAGAUUGCUGAACUGGAAAACUGGAAGGAUGGGAAAGGGCUUAUAAUCCAUGGAGCAGAAAAUACUUUUUGCUCUGGAUCUGAUUUGAAUGCUGUCAGGCUACUGUCCAGUCCACAGGAUGGAAUGAACAUGUGUAUGUUCAUGCAAAACACCUUAACCAGACUUAUGAGGUUACCUCUAAUAACAGUUGCUUUAGUUCAGGGGAAAGUUCUGGGAGGAGGAGCAGAACUGACCACUGCAUGUGACUUCAGGUUAAUGACUCCGGAAAGUGAAAUUAGAUUUGUUCACAAGCAGAUGGGCUUAGUACCUGGCUGGGGAGGAGCUGCCAGGCUGGUACACAUCCUUGGCAGCAGCCCCGCCCUCAGGUUGCUCAGUGGUGCUGUGGAAGUGCAGCCAGAAAGCGCCCUUCAUAUUGGCCUGAUAGAAGCCAUCUUGUCCUCUUCUGAUGAGCCCCUAGAAGAAACAUGUACAUGGCUCAAGCUGCAUACAAAGGGCCCAGCUGAAGUGAUUCAGGCUGUAAAGAAAGUAAUUCUGGCAGGAAGAGAGCUGCCACUGGAAACUGCCUUGAAAACUGAAAUGAAGAUUUUUGGAACUGUUUGGGGAGGGCCUGCUAACUUGGAGGCCUUAACUCAGAGAACAAAACACAAAUGAAUAAUUUUAAAACACAAAAAUAUUUUUUAUCUGUUGUAAACAAACUGCUGCCAAUCAUGGAUGCAGGGGAGGCAGUUAAGUAUUUUAUCAAUUGAUUGGGCAUUGACAGGCUCACUAUUUAAAAUCACAGCUAAAGUGGAAAUUCAGUAGUGCUGAGAAUUGUAGGGCAGGAAUUUAGUGCCAGGAAACCUCAAAACAGACAGAUCAAAUAUUAAGUAUAUAGUUGAAAGUAUUUUUCUUGAAUUAUGAGUCAGUUUUCAGUCAAUUAACCAAAUCUGCAUGAUAAACUCCAGCAGAUAGGCUUUGGUGACACCAGUAUGAACUGAACUUCUGACUAUCCUGUAGCCCAGGUGUGGAAAAUAUUUGUUGACUAUUUUCAGCUUAAUGAGUCUGGCAAGGACCCACCUUUAGACUUCUUUUGGAAAUUUAUAAAAAGGUAGUUUGAGUAAGCCACACAGGAUGUAUUCAGAGGUAUGGAAGGAAACAUUUGUUGUAUUUAUGGGCUUGUAUAAGAUUCUACUGGCACAAAGGGUCUCAAGCCAGACCCAAGUCACAGUUCUUUUUGAGCUGUCAUUUGUACCUGCCAGUUUUCUCUUUAUGGACAGAAAUUUAGAAAGUAAGAGCCUAUCACAGACAGCAGUGAGCAAAUUACAACAGAGGACCUUUUGUCUGAUCAUCAAUUGGUGUACAACUGAUGAUAAAGGUAUCUGUAGAGUUAGUGAUAAAACAGCAUGUGAGAUAUAGCAAUUUAGUAUACUCAGCAAAGAUGCUUCAUGGUUGAUAAACGUUAGAAUGUGUGAGAGCUGAAAUACCUGAAAUGACUGUUCUUCAGCCAACUAGGUUCUCUGAACAAAUAGAUUCUUAUUGAGACUUUCUUGGUACAAAUGUGCAAACUGGAAUCUAUCCCUUUCCUGGAUUAUUAGUACCUGAGUGUAAAAGAGACAUGAUACUAGCUUGUAGCCAGUGAGCUGUCAGAAAGUAUAUAAACACUGCUAGCUAGAUUUAAAAUUGAAGGGGAUGGGUGCCAGUAGUAGGUUUCUUUCCAUGGUCCAGUUAUGAAUUUUUAGCAAUUAUUUAAUUCUUUUGAGUUUCAUGAAAAUAAACUUUGCUCUCACCUGAAUCUGUGCUUUACAUAGUUGGAACACAGUGUGUGCUUCAAUUAAAAGCCUGAUCUACAUUUUAUAAAAAUCAGUAAAUUUGCUUAGUGAUAUAAAUGUUAUGUCAGAUGGUAAGGUAAAGCUAUUUUUAGAAAACCAAAACAUGUAUUAUUCCUCCAUUAUCAGUAACCAUAACAUUAAAACACUUGAAGUCUACAAAAGCAAUCAUUGUGUAAAAAGAAGUAAAUGAAGUAAAUCCUCCUGCAUGACCCUCUCUUAUAUGUGACUAC